AUGGAGGCAAGCAUAGAGCGUAUCAUGAGUUUGGGUCCUCCGGGACCAUUUUGGAACAAGUUCGUCGGUAUGCUAGCGACGAACGAAUGGAUAACAUCAACCAAAAUUCUCGCAAAUCUGCAUUCGGCGUUAUAUGUGGCAGCUGGUUACCACAUGGUGUUCCUGAUGAGUAAGUGGGUGCUUUUCCCCCCACUAGUUCGCUGGAGGCUCGCACACAGCAAGGACCACUCGCGCCGUGGACGCCAGGGCCUCGUUAAUCAAUCCGCGCUGCACUUCGUCAGCAUGAUCCAGAGUUUUGUAAUCUUGUAUUUGAGUCUCGCUUACCUGCAGACGCAUGGCCCCACCACCACGCACCCGAGUGCGCUGCGCCGGGUGUUCGACCACGAUGUGGAGUCAGAAGUCAUCUGCGUGUUCGCGAUAGGCUAUUUUGUGUGGGACGCUGUCAUCUCGGUGUUCUACUCAUCCUUGCCAUUCAUUAUGCACGGAUUGAUCUCGACAGUUAUGUUCUCGAUCGGGCUGAAGCCGUACAUCCAAUUCUACGCCCCCGCGUUUUUGAUGUUCGAGCUUUCCAACCCGUUCCUAAACUUCCGCUGGUUUGGCAUCAAAUUCUUCCCGCAGGUCUCUGAGACCAAUAAGACCUUUACCGCUCGCGCUCUGAACUGCGUGCAGCUGCUCAACAACGUGGUGCUGAUCCUGGUGUUUUUCGGAGCCCGGAUUGUGUGGGGGUGGUACCAAAUCUUCAUGCUGUGCUCGGAUUUCUGGCAAGUCCGCCACGACCCCAGGUUCCUGCUGCUCGAGACCGCGACCAUCGUCUCCGGUAACCUUGUCCUCGACGUUUUGAACUUGGUGUGGUUUCUAAAGAUGCUGAGCGUGGCGAAGCGUAUCAUAUCCAAGCGCGGCCGUGUCCAAGACAAACCAGCCACCGAGGCUCACUGA